AUGGACAAAGGUUACGUAAGGGAAAGUCUCUCUCCUUGUUCAGUCCCGGUUAUUUUAGUUCCUAAGAAAGAUGAGUCUUGGAGAAUGUGUGUAGAUUAUAAAGCCAUUAACAACAUAACUGUGAGCAAGUCUUUAGAUGAUCAUAUUGAACAUUUAUGUGAUGUACUUGAUGUUUUAAGAAAAGAACAAUUGUAUGCUAAUCUUGUAAAGUGCACCUUUUGCACCAAGAAUGUUGUGUCUCUUGGCUUUGUGGUUUCAUCUCAAGGUGUUGAGGUAGAUGAAGACAAGAUCAAAGUGGUACAUGAGUGGGAAACACCCCAAAAUGUGAGCCAAGUGAGAAGUUUUCUAGGACUUGCAGCCUUUUACCAUUGUUUCAUGAAGGAUUUUAGCACUAUUGCUGCCCCAAUCAAUGAAUUGACAAAGAAAGAAGUUCCAUUCAAAUGGGGGCCAGCACAAGAAAAGGCAUUUCAAAAAUUAAAGGACAAAUUGAUAUCCGCACCCCUACUAGCACUUCUUGACUUUGGUAAGACUUUUGAAAUAGAAUGUGAUGCAAGUGGUGUGAGGCACUCGUCAAGGAAGCUCAUGGAGGUGGUGCGAUGGGCCACUUUGGUUCCAAGAAGGCAGAAAAAUGUCUGGUCGACCACUUCAUUUUGCGAAAAAUGA